AUGAAACUGGGCGCAACGUCAGACGUGACUGCACUUAUAGGGGCCACCAACGGCGGCUACUACGCCGGAGGAGCCUUUGGAUCAAUCUUCAGUGGCUACUUUGCACACAAAUACGGGCGUAAGAAGUCUGCUGCUCUUGCGGCACUGAUCAUCCUCAUAUCGAGUUCUCUUAUAGCGGCCUCUUAUCAUAUCGCCAUGUUCAUCACUUUCAGGGUCUUCCAGGGAUGGGGAUCGUUUCAGAUGUUGUCUACAAUUCCUAUGUGGAUGGCUGAGUUGGUCCCUCCUCACAGGAGAGGCAUGUUAGUACAGAUCCACCCAGCCAUGAUCAAUACUGGAUACACCGUUGCAUCCUAUACUGGUGUCGGGUUCUUUUACUACACCGGUGGCGGGAAGGACACUUGGCGUGGACCUCUGGGGCUUGCAGGACUGUUCCCUCUACUGCUUUUGCUUGGAAUUUACUGGAUCCCAGAAUCACCCCGGUAUCUGUUAUUCAACGAUCGGAAGGAGGAGGCUUGGGACGUCCUUCGACAUCUUCAUUCAGACCCAAGAGAUCCCAACCAUCUCUUUGCGAAGAAUGAACUAGAUCAAAUCGAGCGGCAAGUUCAGCUCGAUAACGCAGAGUCUGCUAAGUCUAUCUCCGGGAACUACGUCAAGAUCUUCCAGCGAGCUUCUUUCAGAAAGCGGUUCGUCAUGACCAUCUUCUUGACUUUUGCGCAGAUGAGCUCCGGUGCUUUGGUUGUAAACAACUAUGGUGGCUUGAUCUACAAGAGCCUCGGGUUCAGCAAUUCUGCGGUUCUUCAAAUGCAGGGCGGCUAUCAAUUAUGUGGAUGGGUUAUGAACACCGCGAACAUGUUUUUCAUCGACAGGUUUCCACGAAACAAGUUGAUGUGCUUGGGAUUUGCCACUUGCGGAAUUACCGUUAUUAUUGAGGCUGCUCUUCAGAAGCACUAUCUCGGGACGGCCUACCAGCCAGGACUGAUUGCAUGCACGGCAUUUCUCUUCCUCAACGUCACAUGCUUCGGCUUAUUUGUAGAAGGUCCAGGUUUCACUUACAUUGCAGAGAUAUGGCCUACCUUUCUCAGAGGCGAGGGCUAUGCUCUUGGGAUGUGCAGUCUUUGUGUAACGAGCAUCAUCUGGCUUCAGUCAGCACCCACCGCCUUCGAGACGAUCGGUUGGAAGUUCUAUAUCAUCUUCAUUGUCAUUGAUGCUAUUGCUGCGGUUGUUGUAUGGUUUUAUCCUGAUACUCUGGGAAAACCCCUUGAAGAAAUUGCGGGUGUCUUUGGAGAUACAGAUAUGGUUGCUCUGGUUCCUCAGCGAGAUGGGUCAAAGUCGGACAGCGGAAAUAAUUUUGAGUGA